AUGGGAGCAUCUUCUGUCGCGGCUCUGCCGUUCUGGGGACAGAGGCAAAAUUACGACCUUACGGCCCGUGAUAAGGCGUCUCAAGCGGAGGUCGAGAAUGAUAUAUGCACCUCCACGGCAGUUGGGACUGCCACUGCAGAUGCGGUCGCAGGUAUUCAAUGCAGGGAUAUAAUUAACAGUAUUCAAGCUAUCGAUGAAGACGACGAUAACGAUAACAAUGGUAACGAACUCAACAAGCGUGCUAGGCGCCGCAAAGGCCGCAAAGGUCUCUUAGACCUCUUGCGUCGUUUACGCAACGCCCGUAAAGGGCGCAAGGGAAAGGGCAGGAAUGGACGUAAUAGGGGCAACAAUGGAAACGGCCGCAAAACCACUACUACGAAACCCGCCCAAACUCGCCCCGCAAAAACUUCAGCAGCAAGCCGGUCUGCUACUCGAAGCGCUGCGACUUCUGCCACAUCUACUACAGCUUCUAGGGCACCGGUCACAGCGUCUAGCGCUGCUGCUAGGUCAGGAGCCGGGGCUACUGCCUCGCCUGCCCCCAAUUCGGCCCCCGCGCCAGCUGCUGCCCCAACUGAGGCACCGGCAGCAGGUGCCAAGAAGCGUUCUCCAUAUGAGGACCCCAAUACUCCUAAGGCGGCGAAGAAGAAGUAUUCUAAUAGUACUCCUCCACACAUGAGGACUGUCCGUUUCGCCCGCGGUCGCCUCUAG